AAGGUCUUUUAGUGGAGGACGAACCAUUUACAAAUUGGAGAAGUGACAAUAAGCGCAAAUCCACUCUGUUCCUUUUUUAACGAUAAAAACCUUUUAAUUUUUACUGUCUGUGUCAAUGGCAAAACCGGAAAACGACGAAAAUUGUCGAGAGACACAAACAUGGAGCACAUGGGAGGAGCUCCUCCUCGCCUGCGCCGUUCACCGUUACGGUACUGAUUCAUGGGACUCCGUCGCCGCCGAAAUCCAGAAACACAACUCCGCUUUUCGUACCUUCACCGCCUUCGACUGUCGUCACAGGUACAACCACAUCAAGCGACGAUUCUCUUCCGCUGAUGGAGAAACCGUCGCCGAGAUCUCUUCCGUUCCCUGGCUUGAGGAAUUGAGAAAGCUCCGUGUCGAUGAGCUCCGUCGCGAAGUCGAACGUUACGAUCUAUCCAUCUCGUCCUUGCAGUUGAAGGUGAAGAGAUUGGAAGAUGAGAGAGAGAAGAGCUUGAAGGAGUCGGAGAAGGAAACCGAGAAUUCAGAUCUAGGUAAAAUCGCCGAGACGAAAGAGAUCCACCGUGAAUCGAGUAACGGCUCCGGCGUCCCGGUCACCGAGCCGCCUAGUUCUCCAUGUCUGAAGGACAACAGUCUCGGAACCGGAUCGGAGAACACAAACCGAGAUUGGAAAAUCGUCGAGCCAGUGGACGAAGAACCGAACCGGUUCGGCGGAGACGAGAAACCGGCCAGAGAGGAUUCGGGUAAAGGAAGUUGCGAGAGCGUGGCGAAGGAAUCGGCGGGGAACUCGGGUAGAGCAGACUCAGGAAGAGAGGGAAAUGACUCGCCCGAGUUUGUUGAGUCAAUGAACGAGUCGAAGGGAGAAGAAGAAGCGAAAGAAACGAGUGAUGUGCAGAGCUCGGUGAGCUUGCCGAGAAAGGAAACGGUAGAACAAUACCAACCGGAUAACGAGGAUCAAUCUCUGACCGUCAAUAGAAUCCCGAUUGAAUCUCGGCCGUUAAUUGAUAUCAUCGAGAUUCUUCAGACUCACCCCAUUGGCUCCCUGUUUUCGCGCGGCUCCCUGUUUUCGCGCCGGCUCGAGAGCCAGCUGCAGGAAACACCUGGGUACGAGAUGAUAAUAAGACAGCACAUAGACUUUGAGAUGAUUCGAACUCGUGUGGAAGAAGGUUAUUACGAAAGCUCCAGGAGCAAGUUUUUUCGAGAUUUACUGCUACUAAUCAACAAUGCGAGGGUUUUUUGUGGCGAGCAAUCUUCUGAGUAUAACUCUGCAAAGGAGCUUAACCAACUCAUCAAGAAACAGAUGACGACUCUCAAGAUUCCUAAACAAACCUCACCACCAAAAGAGGAAUCUUUGGUGACGUCUAAGGAGGAAGUCACAGUCUCUUCACCUCAAUUGUCUCUAAGACCGAAAAUGUCAGUGCCUAUUACAGCUUGUCGGAAACGUAGUUCCUUGGCUGUUAAAUCUUCAGCGUCAGUCGCCGAACCGUUCAAGAAAAAGACUAAAGUAGUUCCAUCAAUGAAUGAGAGUCCAGCUUCAGAGGCUGACGAGGAAGUUGAAACCUCUGACAAAGAUCAGGAACCUAUUGUUUCCAAGAAGAUGGCUAGAGGGAGAACAAGCUCAACAGCUAAAAAAGUCGGAAACAGAAACGUUAAGACCAGUUUGAAUGCUGGUCUCCCUAGUAAAGGCCGGUCUUCAAACGAUAGCUCUGAGCCGAAGAAAACCGAUCAAGAAAAGAAAGGUAACAACACAAAUGGUGGAUCAAAAAAGCAAAGUGCUGCUAGUUUUCUAAAGAGAAUGAAAGGGGUUUCUUCGUCUGAAACUGUGAUAGAGACAAUGAAGGCAGAUUCCUCUAAUGGUAAGAAAGGAGCUGAACAGAGAAGAGGUAACAGUAAGAAUGACAAAGGUGAUGCAGGAAGUCAGAAACGAGCAACCGGGAAGAAGCCAACAGUUGAAAAGGGUAGUCCUGCAAAGAAAAACAGUAGCGCCGCCUCUAAAAGAAGCGCUGCCCCGUCUUCUCCUAUGGUGGCAAAGCGGGGCAUCGAAACUAGUAAAAAGGAGGCAGGUUCUUCAGCUCGCCCAAAGAAGCGUUCAAGGAGGCUAUGAAUCAUUGCAACACUUAACUAUUCUUCCAUAGGAUCAAGAAUCUGCUAACAAGUUUAUAAGGCAGUCAUGUACAAAGAAGUACUGGAAUCUUGUUUACAAAGGAGAAUUUGCUAGUUUCAGGUAGCAUGUGUUUUUAUUCAUUGUAUAAGAACCAAAGAUCUCAAACAAGGUUAUAAGAGUGUUCCGGUCUGGAUUGUUGUCAUCCA